AUCUGUGGUGCAGAGGCCAGAACGAAGUGCGAAGCACGUGUCUCCUCAGAACCAUGUCUGGGCGAGAAGCCGCAGCCAACGCUUCCUCCUGGGUCGUUGCUCCCCGGCGAAGCUCGACGGGGUCGCCCGGCGCAGAGCGGACACCGGAGGAGGAGCCGAGUCGAAGAGGUCGGGGAGGCGGCAGGCCGGGCGGCGGCAGCUGGAGAGAGCCGGCGGGCGCCACCGAGGCCACGGCCGGAGGCCGCGGGGAACCGCCGCUCUGCUUCGGGGUGAAGAACGACGUGGUGGGCGCGGUGAUAGGUCGUGGUGGGUUAAAAAUAAGAGAAAUUCAAAACACAACAAACACCAGAAUACAGGUAAUAAAAGGAAGUCCUGAGGCAGAAAUCAGAAUUUUUGGCAAUAAAGCAAUGCAGACAAAGGCAAAAACAGAAAUAGAUAAUGUUGUUAAAAAACAACAGAAUUACAAUCCAAGACACAGGGUUGAUACCAGCAUAGAUGACAGCGUGACAGAAGAUCAGCCACUCAUAGAUUGGGAUCAAAUUCGAGAAGAUGCUUUGAAAUGGGAAAAAAAGAAGUGGGCAGAUUUGCCUCCAAUUAAGAAAAAUUUUUACAUGGAGUCAGCAACGACAAGCUCAAUGUCACAAGUGCAAAUAGACAACUGGAGGAAAGAAAAUUUUAAUAUAACAUGUGAUGACUUGAAAGAUGGUGAGAAGCGUCCAAUCCCCAAUCCUAUAUGUAAAUUUGAAGAUGCUUUUCAAAGUUAUCCAGCAGUUAUGGAAAACAUCAAAAGAGCAGGCUUUCAAAAGCCAACACCAAUUCAGUCACAAGCAUGGCCAAUAGUUCUGCAAGGAAUAGAUCUCAUUGGAGUAGCACAAACUGGAACAGGGAAGACACUGUCUUAUUUAAUGCCUGGAUUUAUUCAUCUAGACUCUCAACCAGUCGCUAGAGAAAAAAGAAAUGGUCCAGGCAUGUUAGUCCUUACACCCACCCGGGAAUUAGCUCUUCAAGUGGAAGCUGAGUGUUCUAAAUACUCAUACAGUGAUCUUAAAAGUGUUUGUGUAUAUGGUGGUGGCGACAGAGAUGGACAGAUACAAGAUGUUUCAAAAGGUGUAGACAUCAUUAUUGCAACUCCUGGAAGAUUGAAUGAUCUACAAAUGAAUAACUUUGUCAACCUGAAAAGUGUAACCUAUUUGGUUUUAGAUGAAGCCGACAAGAUGCUGGACAUGGGAUUUGAACCCCAGAUAAUGAAGAUUUUGUUAGAUGUCCGUCCAGAUAGGCAGACUAUUAUGACAAGUGCUACGUGGCCAUAUGCUGUCCGUCGUCUUGCACAGUCUUAUUUGAAAGAGCCAAUGAUUGUCUAUGUCGGUACUUUGGACCUAGUUGCUGUAAGUACAGUGAAGCAAAAUAUAAUAAUCACCACAGAAGAAGAAAAACGGACUCAUAUCCAGACAUUCCUAGAAAAUAUGUCACCUAAAGACAAAGUCAUUGUCUUUGUCAGCAGAAAAGCCAUUGCUGAUCACUUAUCGAGUGACCUGAUCCUUCGACACAUAUCAGUGGAGUCUCUGCAUGGCAACAGAGAACAGAGUGACCGAGAGAAAGCAUUAGAGAACUUUAAGACAGGUAAAGUGAGGAUACUAAUUGCUACUGACUUAGCAUCUCGAGGUCUUGAUGUCCAUGAUAUCACUCAUGUCUACAAUUACGAUUUUCCACGGAACAUUGAAGAAUAUGUACACAGAAUAGGGCGCACUGGAAGAGCAGGGAGGACUGGCAUGUCAAUUACCCUUAUCACAAGAAAUGAUUGGAGGGUUGCCACUGAAUUGAUUAAUAUUCUGGAAAGAGCAAAUCAGAAUAUUCCAGAGGAGCUUGUCCUAAUGGCUGAGAAAUACAAAGCAAAUAAACUGAAAAGAGAAAUGGAAAGAAAAUUGGGAAGACCUCAAGGAAAGCCCCAGAAAUUUCAUUAAUGUCUUAUAUAUCACCAGCCUACCACAGUACUCAAAAAAGAUUUUUUAAAAAAUAUGCUAUUCAAAAUGGAAGUAUUGAAACAUACGUCGUUAUGAAGAGACUUUGCUGAUUCUUAUAAUAAUGGUGUUUUAAAAUGUGGAAUUUAAUGUUUUAUACUUUAAUAAAACCAAGUUUUUAAACUUGAGUUGAAUUUUUUAUGGAUAUUUGUUAAGGUUGUAGCAUUAGAAGUUUUUAUAUUACUUUUUAUUUUUAAAAAACGGGCUGAGGGUGUAGCUCAGUGGUAGAAUGCUUGCCUAGCAUGCAUAAGGCCCAGAGUUAAAUAACUCAGCACUGCAAAAGAAAAAAAAGCCAAUUAUCUCCUGUAAUGCUGCUAUACUAACAUCUGUAAAGAUUUUGAUGCUUGCUCAGAUGUUUUUGUGGCAGUAAAAAGAUACUGUAAACAAAAUAAAUGUUGAUUUUUGCAAUACAAAGAAAAGUUGAUUUCUUCUUUCAAUAUGUUGCUUUAGUUUCAU